UGGACGACAAACUCAAUUUUAUCAACACUGUAUCUCUUUAGGUCUUAAAAGGAUGAUAUUGGCACUCCCAAAGGAUCUGUAGGAUAUCAAGAUACGUCCAUGGCUGGCAACUAGCGUAGUGCGAGCUGCAGUAGAAAAUAAAAAUGAAGUGUUUUAUAGUUUCCAUGUUUAUUGUAAUGACUAUCAGUGAAAGUUACAGUGUGUCAAAUACGAUAGAAAAAAAGACACUGCUUACCGAAAAAGAUAAAAGAGGAACAACCCAACACAAGUCAUCUUUCCAAGAAAACGAAUCUUCUGCCGAAACUAGAAGAAGAGGAUUUUGGAACAGAGGUUCGAGUGAUCGGUACUAUGCGGAUGGUAGACCUGGGCCACCCUACCCUGAAUACGACCCUGGUUUAGCCAACGGGCAUGGCGGAUAUAUUCCUUCAGGACCGAGUGGAUACGGACACUCAGGAAACUACGAUGGCCUAUACGGUGGAAACCUUUAUAGGCCAAGUAGUUACGGUUCUAGUUACGGAUCCCACUAUGGUCCUUCAUAUGGCCCCUCCUCAGAAGGAGGUUACAUAGAACCCCAUCAUAGCUACAUUCCCGAACACGAAGGUCAUCAAGGAGGUGGUAUUCAAAAGGCAUUAGCUUUGAAGAAAAUACUAAUUCCACUAGCUGGAUUGGCUAUACUAGGCGCAGCAGCUGUAGCUUCUACGAAUCCAGUCUUAUUACAACUUGGUGUAGUCAAUGGCAGAAAAAGAAGAUCUAUAGUACCAGAAGAUAAAUAUUCGGCAAAUCCAAUACUAAAAUCUAGAAAAAUAAAUUGA